UUGCGACUUACCGCCUCAUCCCCUACGACAGCAACAGGCAGCAGCCCGUCACUUUCCACCUAGGUAGUCUGGUGACUUACCAGGUCCUACACCCCCGAAUACCGAGUUCAUAGAAUCUAUCGCGCACGAGAAUCAUGUCCGAGCAGCCUUACGACCCCUACAUCCCCUCUGGCGCCAAUGGAGCCGGCGCCGGCGCCAGCGCCGCGCAAAAUGGCGACCCCAGGACAAGGGAAAUCGACAAAAAAAUCCAAGAGACCGUUGAUACAAUGCGCUCCAACAUCUUCAAAGUUUCAGAACGUGGUGAACGUCUAGACUCCCUCCAGGACAAGACGGACAAUUUGGCAACAUCAGCGCAGGGAUUCCGCAGAGGUGCCAACCGCGUGAGGAAGCAAAUGUGGUGGAAGGAUAUGAAGAUGCGCGUGUGCCUUAUCGUUUGUAUCAUUAUUCUGCUCAUUGUGAUUAUCGUCCCUGCAGUUGUCGCAACCAAACAUUAAGCUACGAAUUCAGAGCGCGACAGUCAUGAUUGGCUUGGGAAUGGAUGACGAUUUUUCUUUCGCCUGGCCCUGGUUUAUCUGUGUUGAGACGAAGCCGUUGU